AUGGAGUUUGACGAGAUCAUGAAGAGGAUAGGAAGCAACCCUGCCAUGUUCGGCGGCAAGGACGACCUGAUCUCAAGGUUUAUGAGGCGCUGUGACGAUGAUGUGGAGCGAAUCUCCGUACUCUCUGAGUGCUUCGACGAGUCUAUCCACAAUUCCAUGGGCGCCCGUUCAGUUCGCUCCAUGGCGUCUGACUUCUCCUGCUCCACCGCUGAUCUCCCCGCCCGUCAGCAGCAGGCGGUCAAUUUCUCCGUCAGCAGCGAGAACCUGGUUCAGGCAGAGAGCAGAGCUCGAGACUUACACCACAUCGCCUCUCAAGAUUGGCAGGCAACCUCUGACGUUGCCUAUGAUGAGAACCAUGGCAGCUACGACGAUACACCCUGCUCCCUACUCAUUGCAGACCCGGCGACAGGACGAGCAACCCUUUCGCCCGUUGCCAACCAGGAGGAGGAGGAGGAGGUACGGAGGCAGUCGGAGGGUGCAGGAACAGGUGGUCUAGGGGUCGGGCAGGAGGAGCUCUACUGCGCAGACUCGCUUAUCGGACAUUCCAGCAUGUCGGAGUAUGAGACAGCGUCCCUAGAGGGCGAGCGAGUCGGUGCCGGCAGCUCCGACGACUCAGCAGACAGCGAGCAGGAUGUGGAAAAGCCCCAUUGUGCUGCUGAUCGUUCACAUGCCACAGGGGCAGAGGAGGUGGAAGGGCUGGAGGCGUGUAAUGGGGAGGUGGAGAAGGUCCUGCAAGAGGCAGGAAGGGGAAGAGAGGAAGAAGUCAGCAAAGAUCUGCUCAGCAAGAGCCAGGAGGAGCUGGAGCGCGAGCUAGAGUGGACCAAGUUCGCACUGGAGAGCCGGCGGCAGUACUUGAGGAGCAAGCGAUCGAAGGCAGGGAGAAGGCAGGGGAGGGAUGGCGGAGAGGCAGGAGAGGAGAUUGGGGAAGCAGCCGGACGAAGGAGGUUGGAGGCGUGA